CAACAACACAAACAACCAUUCCCGAACGUGAUCAUUUUUCAUAUUCUCGGUGUGAUCUGGUGUACAGUAAGAGUUACUUCGGCCAUAGAUCGCUAAUAUUGUACGGAAUACAGAACAGUUUGAUUAUUUAUCAAAAAAUACCUCGAACACCAUCUUUUCAACUCAUAUUCCUCGCCUACUCCCAUACUUUCCUCAUCUCUCUUCACCCGCCUGCAUCCAUCUGUACGGUAACGAUAUAUACUCUUUGUACCAUCUUGACAGAGAUACAUAUUUUAUUACCAGCAAAAUAACGCAAAAAUGAGUGCUCAACAACGACUCCAGAACAUCUCUGGACACAUCAAUUCCAGCGCCACCACGACACAAUCACCCGGACUAAAAAAGAUUCUCGAAAAGAAUCCAGAUGAUAUUGUAAUCACUUGCGCGACACGUACACCACUCACCAAAGCCCGCAAAGGUGGACUCAAGGACACGCCGUCGGACGAACUACUCAUCCACGUCCUCAAGGCUCUCAAGACGAAGUCCGGAAUCGACCCGGCCAAGGUCGACGACGUUUGCAUAGGCAACGUGCUGACGCCGGCCCCCGGUUUCGGGGCUCGCAGCGCGGUGUUGGCCGCGGGCUUCCCCGUCUCGACGGCCUCCAACGUCGUGUCCCGCUUCUGCUCGUCGGGCCUGUUGUCGAUCCAGACGGUGGCCGGGAACAUCGCGACGGGCUCCAUCGAGGUGGGGGUGGCCGUGGGCUGCGAGAGCAUGUCGACCAACAAGGACGCCCCUCCCCCGAUGAGCGAGAUGAUCAUGAACCACCCCGUGGCCAGGGACAACGUCAUGCCGAUGGGCUGGACGAGCGAGAACGUCGCCAGGGACUUCCACGUCCCCCGCGAGAGCCAGGACAGGUACGCCGAAAUGUCGCACGCCCGGGCCGCCCGGGCCCAGGACCGAGGGUGGUCGGCCGACGAAAUCAGCCCCGUCACCACUCGCUGGGUCGACCCGAAGACCAACGAGACCAAGACGGUCACCGUCGACCGGGACGACGGCAUCCGAGCCAACACGACCUACGAAGCCUUGUCCAAGAUUCGGUCCGCCUUCCCCCAGUGGGGUCCCACCACCACCGGGGGCAACGCCAGUCAAAUCACCGACGGCGCCGCCGCCGUGCUGAUGAUGAAACGGUCCACGGCCGAGAAACUCGGCCAACCCAUCAUCGCAAAGUACGUCAAGAGUACCGUCGUCGGGUUGGAACCUAGGAUCAUGGGCAUCGGGCCCAGUCUGGCCAUCCCCAAGGUCCUGGACUUGACCGGCUUGUCCACAGAAGACGUCGACCUCUUCGAGAUCAACGAGGCGUUCGCCAGCAUGUACGUUUACUGUGUCGAGAAAUUGGGAUUGGAUAUCGAAAAGGUCAAUGUCCGGGGUGGUGCUAUCGCCAUCGGACACCCCCUGGGUUGUACGGGUACGAGACAAGUGGUUACGGUCUUGUCGGAAUUGAAACGUAGAAAGCAAAAGGUGGCGGUCACCAGUAUGUGCGUGGGUACCGGUAUGGGUAUGGCUGGUGUUUUUGUUUCGGAGGAAUCAUGAUAUACUAAGACCAAUAAACCACAUGAGAACGUAUCGGGGGUAUAGGGAAA